AUGGCUACACUACUGUUGCUACCUGAUAUCACACCAGAGUGGAUUUUCAGCGACAUGACUUCCACCAUACGCCGGAUCGUCCUGAAAGAGCAAAUAGCUAUGCUGGAAUGUUUACUAGAAUCUACGAAGUUAGAUCCUAUCAUCAACAAACCUAUCGGCAAUGGGAGUUCUGGCAGUCUAAUUCACUUUGCCGCCGCCCAUGGGCACGCUGAGGUUGUUGGACUUCUUCUCAAGUACGGAAACAUCGACCCAAAUCUGGCACCAAAGCGGUAUGGAUUCAUAUAUGAACUCUCACCUAUCAAUAUUGCAGCUUCGCGUGGUCACUUCGAAACUGUGGAAAAGCUCCUUGGACACCCUGGUAUCAUUCUGAACACCAAGACUGGGUGGACAAAUGGUACGACAAACCCUCUGCUUCUUGCUUCGCGAAAGGGGCACGUGGAGAUCGUACGAUUGAUGCUCAAAACCUUCGACCAACGGGGACUUGGUGUGGAUGAUACCAGCGGAUCCUCUUACAAAAGAACGCCAUUGCAAGGCGCCGUGUUCUAUGGACAUACGGACGUCGUAAAGCUCUUGCUGCUUCGGCAGGAUAUCGAUGUAAACCCGUCCCUUGGAAAGUCAGGCUUGAGCACGUGCCAAAUAGCAGCACGGCAUGACCAUGCUCAAACCUUGGGUGUGCUGCUCGAGGAUUCCAGGACUGAUCUAAGCAAUACAAAGAAUGGCCGAGUUUCAUUGCUGUUCGAAGCCGCCAUGGAAGUACGUUGGUCUUUAGUUGAAGUCCUGCUCGAUUAUGACGAAGCCUCUCCGCAAGAUACGGUACGUAAACUCUCCACCCGAACAAACAUCGUAGGAAACCGUAUCGAUAUCCUGGAGAAUCUCCUAGUCGAUGAAGGAUUCCGUGAACACUGCACGAAACAAGGAAGAGCGAAUCUCUGGCUAGUGGCCGCAAGAACCAAUAAUCUAGCACUCGCGAUGCUCCUCCUUGAACACACUCAGAGGAACAAAGGAAUGCACCAUCCUGCUACGGAUGUCAAUCGUAGAGAUAGCACGGGUGAUGCACCACUACAUGUUGCGGUACUAUCUGCAAGGAUUGGUGUUGUAGAGCUCCUGCUUCACCACAAGGAUAUCGACAUCAAUAUCAUCUCGAAAGGACGGCGUGGGGACUCUGCCGUACAGAGGGCAAUAGAGUACACCAAGUACAGCUGGAAGCCUAAGGAAGCUCUCUCUUACAUAAUAGAUCUUCUUUUAGCCCAUGGUGCUCAGGGCGCAUCGCGCAAACGAAACGACGACACGAACAACCUCGUUGUCCCGCCCUUGCUCGCCCGAGCGGAGGACUCAAACAAUCUCGUACUGCCAUCCUUAUCCGGGUGUGCGGAGCACCAAGACUCUCGUUCAGCCAGGGUAGAUGAGGAUCUGAGACAAAGUACCCAUGCGUCAUGGGCUUCAAUUGUUGGGAUUCAAGACAAUGGCGUUGGGUCUGGAGAGAUGAAUAGAGGCGACGAUGUGUUGGGCGACAUGACUCCAACGUCUUCGGACGACUGGUUGGAAGAAGAUCCUGACGUAACUUUCGAGGAGUGGAUGCACUUCGACGAUGAGGAAAUGAUCGAAGAUAAUCGCUCAGAGAUGCUAGAUUGA